UGGGGAUGAUGGAUCCCUCUUAGAUACCUAUUCAUCAAGGUCUACACUCAACUAGGUGAGGGGGAAUUAACAUGGGUAUAUGCAAAUAUCGCCAUUGCGAACAUUUUACAGAAAAAAUACUUCAUCUGUAACCUAGAUUAUAAAUUCUUGAGGAGCGCCAAUGUGAUGGAAUGGGUACUAGUAGCUGUGGCGUCGCGAGGGAGGAAAGCUGCGGCUUAAGUGUUUAAAAAUACAAUUUUUGUGGCGUUCGUGUGGAAGCCCUGAUAUAUCCAAUUUUAUUGAAGACGUAUUGCGGGCUUUAUUGGGCGGGUUCUAAUCAUGGAUACCAAACCAGUUAAACGCUCUUCUAAGAAAGAGAAACGCCAUCACAAGAUCAUAAACAUUUCAGAUGAUUCCCCAGCCGUUUUGGUUGAGACGGGCAGCCAUGAAUUUAAUACAAGAAAACCAGUUUUUGAAAACAAGGAGGAUACGCCACCCAAAAAACGCAGGAAAAAAAGCCUUCACAGUAAAAAAACAGAUAUCAGUCAAUUAUAUGAGCAGGAUUUGCUUAAAUCUUCAGAAACAGUUGAAGAUGACAUGCCAACAAAGGUUGCCGAAGUUGGGUUAGAAGAUGUGAGCAGUCUGAGCCUGAUGAGGUGUCUGCACAAUAAAGACCUGCCGCUUCAAAGGAAGAUUCAGUUGGCUCAUCUAUUUGUUGAGUCUGUUACAGAUGAGCAGCAGCAGCAGCAGAAGCAGAAUUUUGAUUUUAUAAAGAAAGAGAAAAGCUGGAUGGGCAUGCCACAACUUGUCUCCCUUAUGUGUUAUUGGAUACAGUCAGUCCUAAUAUCUUCAACAAAACAAAAUAACACAGCACAAAAUUCAACAAAUAGUGAGAAAAAUGCUUGUCUGGAUGUUCGAUGCUGGGUUAUUUUUAAGUGGUGUUUACAAUCUAAAUAUUUGGAGAGAGCAAGCUUUCCUUCAAAUUUGAUGCGAACCAUAAAUUCUGUGCUCUCAGCUGCAGCUGCAUUCCCAGGCAAGACCAGAGGAAAUGAUAGUAGGUGUCCACUGGUAUUAGAUAAACCUAUUGAAUAUGAAGCACAAACAAUUAUUACGGGGGCUUUUAUGAAAGAAUUUGCAGAAGUUGUACGAUUGUUGUUUUCUUUACAUGGGAGAUACAUCCGACUCACUUUGGAUUUGUGGGCUUCUUCAGCUUUAGGGGCAGCUUCUUUGGCAGAAAGAGUGUUGUUGACGGGGGGUCAAGAUGAUUACGAUUUUGUUUUUCCAAACCUCACAUGUCUUGUGUUGGAGGAAUUUGCAAGAUAUUUGGCUUCACAUUCUAAUCCAAGAAAUGUUUUUCCAGUAAUUGUGGAAAAGUUGUUUGAACCAUUGCUGUCACUGCUAGUAGUUUUAGAAAGAGAACAAAAUUUGGAAGAUCUUUGCAAGGAUGGGAUUGCCUACACCUGGAGGAUAAGGUUAGCAAGAAUCCUUGAAGAUAUUUUUUCAUUUGGAUUAUUUCACCCCGUCCACAUAGAUGGCUAUUUAAAUGUUUGCAAAAUUGGUGGUUCUGGUGAAUCCCAAAGAGAUAUGAAAGCAAAGAAGAAAUCUAAAUCAGCGUCAUCUAGGGAACGUGAGAGAGAAGAUUCAACAGCAACAUUUGCUAGCUAUCAUAAAUCUUUAUUUCAGAAACUGGAAUAUCUGAGAAAAGAAGGCAAGGCUACUGCUUUGCAUGGGAUUGGGCGACUUCUGAGUAUAUACAUAUGCAGGAAAAAAAUAAUUGGUUCUGAGAAAACAAAAAAUUCCAGAAUGUCUGGAGAGUCACUAGAAUUAAUUAAUACUUAUAAGCAGCAGCAAGAGAUACCUCAUUCCAGAGAAAAUUCUUCUAAAACUAGUAGUGGCACUUCUAAGAACAGUAAUAUGAAUGAAAGCAAGCAUACAGCCAUUGAACAAGUUCACACCAGUAAGCAUGAUCAGGCCACAGUUAAACCUCUAUUCAAUCUGUUUGUAGAAUUUAUGGAUCCAUUGCAGAUGGACGUUGAACAUUGUGAAAAUGUUGUUCAUCUUCAAGAGACUCAGAAACUUCAACAGCUGUCAUGUGCUCACUCAACCUUGGUAGCAAUAAAUGGUUUGCUUUUUGUUGUGAAGGAUGAAAAACUCUUUGUUCCUACAGAGGAUACCCCAGAGCAAGCACACUUCAAUUACUUGAAAAAGAUCUAUAAUACGGUAUUCAAAUUGGGUGCUUUAGUACCUACUCUUUGCUUAAAUGUUAUGGAGGGAUUUGAUAGAAUGGGUAGCAAUGCAAAUGGCAAAGCUCUUAGAAGCAAACUACAAAUGCUUGAUCCGGCUUUUGAAAAUUUGCCUACAAUGAUAAUGAAGGAAAUUGUACUUGCCUUGAGUUACUUGCUGGAGAUAGAAUACAGGGUAGCAGAUGGUGAAUUGUUUGAUUUAUGGUUGUUGCUGCUUUCUUACUCAGCAAUGAACUCUGGCAAGAACAAGAAGCAAGAGCAGAGUUCUAUGUUAAAUUCUCAAAUAGUUUAUCUGGGUUGCCGGAUUAUCAUUAUUUAUGGGGAACUUCGACAGGUUGACCGUUCACUUUUCAGAUUGUUUGAAUCUAUCAGGCUUUUCAUUUUUGGCAGCUACAAUAGCACAAUUGAAAAAGACAGGAGAAUGUUUUUGUCAUCUAUAAAUUCUUUCCCUUCUACACUACGUGUGGAAGCAGUGUUGAAAUUAGUAUGUUCACAAGGAUUUCUAAAUGUAGUUGCUGAUGUGGUUUCUUCUGUACCAGAGGGUCAAGUGUCAAAAUUUAUAAAACAGCUGAAAGCAGAUGUUAGUGAAACAUUGGAAUGGAUGAAAAAUCCUCUCAUAAAAGAUAAUUUGGAAGAAUCACAGAUAAUAGAUUUUCAAAACCAAGAAAAACAAGUUUCAAGUGCACAGGCUGAAGUUAUAGGCAAGGCUUUUUCUGAACUGUAUACCCUGAUAUUAGACAAGUCAAAUGUGACAUUAAAUAACAGCAAGUCAGUUGGAAAAUUUGUAGAGGAUAUAGUAAUCUGUGUCAGUUUAUGUUUGGCUUCUUUUGUGGAAAAGACCUCUGAUUCUGUGGAAGGCUUGUGGCAAUGCAUUUUAUCUGUUAUUACUGGGAAGGAGAUCUCUGAGAACAAUGAUGAAAAUAAGAAAAUGCAGGCAAGAAUAUUGUGUGGUUCAUGGAUUCUGGUUUUCAUAUUUCGUUUAUACCUUUCUUCUCGCAGUUUAUUUCGGCAGUGUAUUUCUUUUAUGCCUCCUAAUUCAGCAAAGGAGUCAAGUCUUGCAAUGGGUGAUUCACUUACAGCUUAUUCUGGCAAUGAUUGGAUAAAAGAGGGAGGCAACAUGAUAGGAGGAUAUUUCUCCUGGAUAGGUAAAUCUUCCAUUGCUGUUCAAAGUGUGCUAAUAGCUAUUUCAGAGACUCUUGAGCAAGUUGGGUUUGGAAAAGCUUCAGCUUUAAUGUAUGUACUACAUACUAUAGCCUUACAGAGGCUUGUUGACUUGAAUAGGCACAUAAAAGCUUUGGAAUUUUUAUAUGACAAGACUGCACGAUUGAAUCUUGCAAUAGCAGCGAAUAAUGAUGUUGUAUGCACUAAAUUUAAAAAAGGAAAGAAGCUGGAAAAACUUCUGAAAGUUUCAAGGCAAGAGGCAUCAACUUUGACUGAUUUUAUUUUGAAUUAUACAUUUUCCUUUGUGGAAAAUAAGUUUGAGAGCAAAAGCUGCCUUGUUGAUGUGCCAGACAACAGUAGUUUGUAUGCAUGGGAUUCAAUUAUAGGGACAAUGGAUGAAUAUUCCUUGGUUACAGCAGUUUGGCAGCUGGUAUGCCAAAAUGUGGACAUUUGGUCAGAUCAUGCCUCCAAGAAAAGUAAGAAGAAGUUUGUAUCAAUAUUGCUUGAAAGUUUAUUGUCUUUUCAACAAAGGGUCUCUUCUGAUGUUGAUUUCCAGUCAGCAAAGAAACAAAUGGGAAACGAGAGGAAGAUAGUCACUAUAGAGGAUACAUCUUCAGAGUUAUUAGAAAAUGAUGUUCUUUAUGAGCAAGAGUUCUUUUGCAGAUAUUUAGCAGUGAAAAUCUGUCAGAAGAUUAGAAAGUCUCUACCAUCAAAAUUAAAUCAUUUACCAUUUUUGACGAUUUCCCCAGCUGAGGCAGAUUUUGGCAAUUUGCAAGAUUGGCCAAAAUUCAUAAAUAUCCUGGAAGAAGUUGGGGCCAUUGCAGACUUUGAAAUGUCUUUAUAUGAAAACACCAAAAACUAUAAAAAUGUGUCAACUGUGAUGCCAGUACCUGUAUUUACUAUCGAGGAAAGUCAAGCUAUCACUUCUUGCAAUCGGUUAUUUGGAGACUGGAUAAACCUUCUCAACCUAUUGUGUUGGCUUCCAAAAGGUUAUGGUGAUGUCAAAAGUGCAUCUAUAUAUGCACGCCAUAUACUUAACAUUGAAAGGUUUUUGAUGACCACUUUAUAUCAGGCUCAAAAAGCUUCGCAUUCUAAACCAUUUGCAAUAUUGCAAUCUUCUGGUAUCAAGUAUCUAACAGAAUUCCUUGAUUUGUUUUCAGCUUGUCGUAGAGCACUGAAAUCAAUCACACUCUCAUGUAAUGAUGAUGAAUUUCAAGUUAGAAGAUUAUCUCUUGUACCGAUACUGUUCGAAAGCUCCUCUUCAUGCCUAUGGCUACUAAUGUCAGUGGAUGUUGUUGCUAAAUGGUUUUCUCAAUGUUCAUUGUUGCAACCUUCCUUGAGAGGUGAUCAGGAAGGGGAUGCCAAUCCUUGGAAACACCUUAUAUAUUCUAUACUUGAUCAUACUGCUGGGAUGCUUAUGAUAGUAUGUGAAGGGCUGUUUAAUAUAGCUGCAAAAUCGCUAACAUUUGAUGUCCAAUGCACAUCGGAUAUAUGCAAAGGUGACAAACUAAUUGAUAAUGCUCAAAUCUCUGCCACAGACCCUAUAUCUGAAAGAAAUUAUAUGGAUGUUAAAACAUCUGUUGAUGUUUUGGCCAAGACUUUGAGUGUGCAAGCAAGAGAUACACUUGCUUAUUUCAAACAAAUCAGUUUUGAUGCAGAUCAGGAUUCACACGAGUCAAUAGGCCCUUUGAAGAGUAAUUGUAAUAGGAUGAACUAUCCAAAACAAGUUUUGGAAGAAGGUAAAGCAUAUUGUCGAUCUUGGAUUGGAGUUAUUGCAUUGACAGGUGGCAUUAAAAGUAUUACUUGGGGCUUAGCAUCUGCUUUAAAUGAUCUUGAUGAGAAAUGCCGCAAGGAUAGAACAGGAUCAUUGAAAUGGCAAAAUGAUCUUCUUGUUAAAUGGGAGCACUAUGGUGAAGGUUUUGAGUGUUUUGUUAAUUUUUGGAUCAAAAAGCUUCUUAUAGUUGAUAGUAAUGCACUUGAUGAAGUAGUUGUCACCGAAAGGGAUGUCAUGAGUCAACAUGAUUCAAAAGCUACAUUUGGACAUUAUAGGGAUGCUGAACUAACAGAAUUCAAUAGAGAAGUGAUUGAAGCUAGAUUCGGGAAAGGGCAGGACAGUGAGGAGGAAGAGGAAAAAGAUGAAGCAGAACAGAAUGGUUUAUAUGGUGGCAUGGACAAGGCUGAUGAUGAAGAAGGUGAUGGGGAUGCCGAGAAUGACAGUUUGCUAGAGCUACAUGCUUCAAAGGGGAACGUGCAGCAUGCCACGUUUUUUGAAAUACCAUAUUUGAAUAAGCCAUUCUUAGAAAAAUUGUUGAAAGGAAAAAAUCCAGAUCAAGCCACUUUGCUUGGAGAACUCUUCAUGGUAUUAGCAGGUAUUAUUAAGUUAAAGCAUUUGUCAUCUUCCCCGAAGGCUUUUAUUCCCACAAAAAAUAGUCAAUCAACAUCGUUGGCAUUCAUGAAUUUCCACAUAGGAGCAGCACAUUGGUUAAUAUCUGAGGCCUCAAUAAUAAUGACUUCUGGAGUAUUUUCACUUGGUUGGCUGGUUGGAAUUGUAAGGUACUUGGAAUCCAUUGGCAGUUUUAUUCCUUACAUGAAUCCAACAUUCCCUCCCAUGGCCUAUGCCAAGUUGAUUAAUCUACAUUUACAAGCGAUGGCUGCUGUUUCUUUUCAAAUCUCUUUAGAAAUUAAAAACUCAGUUCCUGAAGAAGUUCAGUUCAGCAAUGGCAAUCAGUGUUCCUCGGAGAGUACAAUACACAGAAAACAAAGGGAUAAUACCAUUUUUAAUGACCUGAAAACUGCCUUGCGGAGCUCCUUUUCUAUGCUACUGAAGAAGCCUUUACAGUUGCAUCUAGUUAUGGCAUUGCAGUCUAUAGAGAGAGCCUUAACAGGAGCAUGGACUGGCUACAACAUUGCUUCUCAACUAAAUACUGGCUGUCAAAGUGGUGGAAAUGUGGGUUUGAUAGUUGCAGCUGGUGUUGAAUGCUUAGAUUUAACUCUGGAUUCAGUUUCAGGUCCAAAACGAAUGAAGCUGCUUGCAAAAUACAGCUCAGGUUUUGUUGCAGCUUUGCUCAAUGUUAUUAUGCACCUCCAAGGUCCACAAAUAUUUUUUGUAAGUACCUUUAAUCAAUGCCAAGAAAGGAACUUUGCUGAUCCAGCAUCAGUAAUUCUGGUUUGUGUGGAGGUAUUAUCAAAAUUUGUAUUACGACAUGAAGUCUUUGCUAUGAGAGCUAGUCACGUGGGGCAAUCAUUGGCCUUGCCGGGAGUACUCUUUCAACAUCUUUGUCAGUUUAAACCUACCCAGUGUGUUAGUCCACGAACAAUGCCCUUGCAAAAUCAAGCUAGAGAUUUUGAGAAAUCAACAUGGCUCUCUGGAGGUACUUCUGCUGCAGUGAGAAAAGUGUCAGUUGAGUUAUGCAUCUCAUGUUGCAGGUUACUUUGUGCUCUUCUGACAAAUUAUGGAAGGGAAAGUGGACACUGUAUUUCUCUCCUUGGAGAUUCAUUGCGCAUAUUCCUUUUUUGCCUGGAGAUAGUGGAUCUGCACACUACUGAAAAAUUGAAGGCUUACUGCUGGACUAUGCAGGAAGGAAUUAAAUGUGCAUGUUGGCUUCGACGAGUGUACGAAGAGAUGGGACAACAUAAGACUCUUGGGAGAUAUCGUGUUCAUAUUCUUUCUGACUACAUAUCUGUGGUGUCUGGAUGUGGUCCAGCAAAAUCAGGCCUCAAGAGGGAGAUAGAUGAAGCACUUCGAUCGGGAGCUUAUGCUUUAGUUCAUGCCUGUUCUCGGGAAGAUCUUCAACAAUUGCAUGUAGUUCUUGGAGAGGGGCCUCACCGAAUUGCACUGCAGACACUAAUAAAUGAUUGUGAAAGAUAUUACAACUACAAGGGGAAAAUAUGAAAUAAUUCAAUGGAAAAUGUUAUUCUUCAACCGAAAAAAUGUGCCUAUAACUUUGGAGAACGUCUGCUAACUAAUUUCCUCUUAUAUGUAAACAACAGCUGUUCCACACUAAACAGCCCGUCAGCAAGGUCUAUUUGAAGUGUUUACAGAACCCAAAAAAAUGAGUUUUAGGGAGCUUCAAAACAGGAUCUGAGAAAGCAUAUUUAAAUCCUUACAUUCUUGAAGACCAUAAUCCUUCCGUUCUUUGGUUUUGAUAUCUGUUGGAGUUUAUGAGGAUUUUUUGGAGGCUGUCUAGAGAACCCAUAAUGCUCAAACUUAUUUUUGUGAUCACAUGAAUCUAAAUAUUACCCUCAAGCUUAUCUAUGGUUUCAUAUUGCAAACCUCUCUACUCACAUUGGGAUAUUUUACAAAAGUUGUGAUGUCCCUAAUGCUGCUAGUUUUGGCAAGGUGAAGUUUUAUACAAUUGGAAGGCUAUUCACCUCUGUUUAAAUAUCAACUGUAAAGAUUAUAAUACAAUCUGAGAUUUUGGAUAA